UCCAUUUGUUUAACCUUUAGAACAAGUUAUCACCUAUGAAACUUCUGUUGGUAAACAGAACAGAAAAUAAACCACUGACCUUUUUGGAGACACGCUGCCAUCUUUCUUCUUGCUCAUCUAAGCUAAGCUAAGCACGGGCCCACCCUGGACCCUUACUAGAACCGCCCCUGAUAACUGUGAAUUAAAUGUUCUUUCCUUUCAGGGUUCUCCACCAUCCUUCUGUCCUAAGUCGAGGAUCCAGGACCUGGAGGCGAUUCUCUCCUCAAUCUCAGAGGCUCAGAAAUUUGUUGAUGUUGCCGUCAUGGAGUAUUUUCCCACCAUAUUCUUCGAAAAGCCCCAAAAAUACUGGCCGUUUAUAGACGAUGCAAUCAGGACAGCUGUGUUUGAAAGGAAGGUUAAGGUCAGGAUGCUCAUCAGCUGUGGGCGGGACUCUAAUCCAGCCAUGUUGCCUUUCCUUCAGUCUCUGGCCUCAUUGGACUACCCUCAUCAUCAUAUCCACAUCCAUAUAAAACUCUUCAUUGUCCCAGUGGGAAACCAGUCUGAUAUUCCAUUUACCAGAAUAAACCAUAAUAAGUACAUGGUGACUGAUAAAACUGCAUACAUUGGUACCUCUAACUGGGCGGGGGACUACUUUGUAACCACAGCUGGAGUUAGUCUGGUGGUUUCCCAGUCCAACGCUCACCCUGCAUGGAGAACCGACGCCCUGCAGAGCCAGCUAAAGGAAGUAUUCAACAGAGACUGGCACUCACAAUUCGCUGUCCACCUGGAUGAUCUCGGACACAAUCCGGAUUGUGCAUUAUCACAAUGAAUAAAUCAUUAGUGAAAGUUUUUACUUUUGCAUCUUCGCUAAGGCUGCAUGUCUUAAAUAUGAUUUUAACAAAUGUUUUAGAAAAAUGCUCUUCGGUCUGGUUAAUCCAUUCCUGAUUUUCAUUUCUAGUUGCAACAGUUUUUAAGAUGAACAUCUUGGGAAUUUAGUAGAAAAAAUGUUUGUGUGAAUCCAGUUGGUUAAGGUUAGGGUUAGUGGAGUCACUAAAAUGAAUGGAAGUCAGUGGAGGGCCACACAAACAAAUGUGUGUGUGUGUGUGUACGUGUGUGAGAGAGAAAGAGAAUGAGCGAGUAAUUCAUCACAUUUGUAAAACUUCAGUAUUGUAAUGGUGGCUAAAAGCCCCAUGCUGCCUUAUGGGAAGAGUUCUCUGUGUAGAAUUAAACAGGAUGAGUCUGGCAGGCCAGGCUAACACACAA